UUCUUUCGUCCUCCUCUUCACUCCCGAGAAGAAGAUGUAAAGAAGUAAGAUCAAUUCUCAUCUCAGCCGUCGUUUGUUAUUCUCAGAUUAGUAUUCCGAUUCUCUGUUUCUUCUAGAGUGAAUUUGAUCUUUCUGGUUUUGGAAUUUUCACAUGGGAGAACAAUCCCCUUCUCAACCAUCGACACAAUCCCAAAGUCGACCACAAUCACCCAACCCCCAAACUCACAACCUAAAUCCGCCGGAAUCCACCCAUGUAUCUCUCGAUUCAGGCUCAAUCGUCUCAUCCACCACAAUCGAUGCUCAACGGAUCACUGAGUUAGGCAAUGUGUCGUCUCCGCCAUCCAAAAUCCCUCUCCGUCCUCGGAAAAUUAGGAAGCUUACACUCGAUGGAGACGUCGCCGGUGAAGACUAUAAGUCGGAGGAUGUUUCAUCACAGGCUGGAAAAUCUUCCGGUAAAGGUAAGCUAUCGCAAUCACGAGCUGUAAAUGUGCCGCGGAUUCAAGCUCAGCCUCUUACAUGUGAAGGCGAGCUCGAAGCAGCGAUUCACUAUCUUCGUAAUGCGGACCCGUUGCUCGCCGCGUUAAUAGACGUUCAUCCUCCGCCGACAUUUGAAUCUUUCAAGACUCCGUUCUUAGCGUUGAUUAGGAGUAUACUCUACCAACAGCUUGCUACCAAAGCUGGGAAUUCAAUUUACUCACGAUUUGUUUCUAUCUGCGGUGGCGAGAAUAUGGUUACUCCUGAGACCGUCUUAGCCUUAAGUCCCCAGGAGCUUCGUCAAAUCGGUGUUUCGGGACGAAAGGCAAGCUAUCUUCAUGAUCUCGCUAGAAAGUAUCAAAACGGAAUCUUGUCGGAUUCAGCGAUUCUGAACAUGGAUGAGAAGUCUUUGUUCACUAUGCUAACAAUGGUUAACGGAAUUGGCUCAUGGUCUGUUCAUAUGUUCAUGAUCAAUUCUCUUCAUAGACCAGAUGUUUUGCCAGUUAAUGAUCUCGGUGUUAGGAAGGGAGUGCAGAUGCUUUAUGGAUUAGAUGACCUGCCUCGGCCAUCGCAGAUGGAGCAGCAUUGUGCCAAGUGGAGACCGUACAGGUCAGUGGGUUCGUGGUACAUGUGGCGGCUCAUUGAAUCUAAGGGCACACCAAGGAGUGCAGCUGUUACUGCCGGGGAUACUAUGUCGUUGCCGCCAUUGGAAGAUAUGCAACAGGAACAUCAGCAGCAACAGCUUCUGGAUCCUCUUAAUGUGUUCAGUAUCGGGGCUUGGGGACAAUCAUAGUCGUUCGCCCACGUCGUUGUCUUUAUUCCUGGAUGCUCUAUUGGCUUACGUGAGUUCUUUGUUCUGGAUUAGGGGUUGUGUCUAGUAAAAAAGUGUGGGAGAAGGAAUAAAGGGAACUGUUUUUAGACUGGGUUCCUAAAACCACAAGAUGAACUACCAGUGAAUAUGAUCUUCUUAGUCAGUGAAAGAGUAUGUAAUGUUAAUGUUAACUGUUAAGAGUGGGUAGCUAAACGACAAAGUGCCUUCUUUAUCGGAGACCUAACUCUUGACAGAACUUCAUCUUUAUAUUUUUAAACUACAGACGCACAUUUCAGCAUCGCA